AUGAGCCAGCCCAGGCCCCGCUACGUGGUAGACAGAGCUACCUACUCCCUCACCCUCUUCGACGAGGAGUUUGAGAAGAAGAAUCGGACGUACCCACUGGGAGAAAAACUUCGCAAUGCCUUCAGAUGUUCCUCGGCCAAGAUCAAAACCGCAGUGUUCGGGCUGUUCCCCGUGCUCUCUUGGCUCCCCAAGUACAAGAUCAAAGAUUACAUCAUCCCUGACCUUCUUGGCGGCAUCAGCGGUGGAUCCAUCCAGGUCCCACAAGGCAUGGCAUUUGCUCUGCUGGCCAACCUUCCUGCUGUCAAUGGCCUCUACUCCUCCUUCUUCCCCCUCCUGACCUACUUCUUCCUGGGGGGUAUCCACCAGAUGGUGCCAGGUACAUUUGCCGUUAUCAGCAUCCUGGUGGGUAACAUCUGUCUGCAGCUGGCCCCAGAGUCGAAAUUCCGGGUCUUCAACAAUGCCACCAAUGAGACCCAUGUGGACACAGUGGCCAUGGAGGCCGAUAGGCUGCACGUGUCGGCAACGCUAGCCUGCCUGACUGCCAUCAUCCAGAUGGGCCUGGGCUUCGUGCAGUUCGGUUUUGUGGCCAUCUACCUCUCUGAGUCCUUCAUCCGGGGCUUCAUGACAGCUGCUGGCCUGCAGAUCCUGAUCUCCGUGCUCAAGUACAUCUUUGGACUGACCAUCCCCUCCUACACAGGCCCAGGGUCCAUCGUCUUUACCUUCAUUGACAUUUGCAAAAACCUCCCCCACACCAACAUCGCCUCGCUCCUCUUCGCCCUCAUCAGCAGCGUGUUCCUGGUGCUGGUGAAGGAGCUCAACACCCGCUUCAUGCACAAGAUCCGCUUCCCCAUCCCUACAGAAAUGAUCGUGGUAGUGGUGGCAACAGCUAUCUCUGGGGGCUGCAAGAUGCCCAAAAAGUAUCACAUGCAGAUCGUGGGAGAGAUCCAACGAGGGUUCCCCACUCCCGUGUUGCCUGUGGUUUCACAGUGGAAGGACAUGAUUGGCACAGCCUUCUCCCUGGCCAUCGUGGGCUACGUCAUCAACUUGGCUGUGGGCCGGACCCUGGCCAGCAAGCACGGCUAUGACGUGGAUUCUAACCAGGAGAUGAUCGCCCUGGGCUGCAGCAACUUCUUCGGCUCCUUCUUUAAAAUCCAUGUCAUUUGCUGUGCUCUCUCUGUCACUCUGGCUGUGGAUGGAGCUGGAGGAAAAUCCCAGAUGGCAAGCCUGUGCGUCUCCCUGGUGGUGAUGAUCACGAUGCUGGUCCUGGGGUCCUAUCUCUACCCUCUCCCCAAGGCUGUGCUAGGAGCCCUGAUUGCCGUCAACCUCAAGAAUUCCCUCAAGCAACUCGCCGACCCCUACUACCUGUGGAGGAAGAGCAAGCUGGACUGUUGCGUCUGGGUGGUGAGCUUCCUCUCUGCCUUCUUCCUGAGCCUGCCGUAUGGUGUGGCAGUGGGUGUCGCCUUCUCCACCCUGGUUGUGAUCUUCCAGACCCAAUUUCGAAAUGGCUAUACUUUGGCCCAAGUCAUGGACACUGACAUUUAUGUGAAUCCCAAGACCUAUAAUAGGGCCCAGGAAAUCCAAGGGAUAAAGAUCAUCACUUACUGCUCCCCUCUCUACUUUGCCAACUCGGAAAUCUUCAGGCAAAAGGUCACUGCCAAGACAGGUGUGGACCCCCAGAAAGUAUUGCUGGCCAAGCAAAAAUACCUCAAGAGGCAGGAGAAGGGGAGAACGGUGCCCAAGCAACAGAGGAAGUCCCUAUUUAUGAAAACCAAGACUGUCUCCCUGCAGGAGCUUCAGCAGGACUUUGAGAAUGGCUCCCCAACUGACCCCAACAACAACCAGACGCCUGCUAAUGGCGCCAGCGUGUCCUACAUCACCUUCAGCCCUGACAGCUCCACAGCUGCCAGUUGUGAGCCCCCGGCCUCUGCUGAGCCCAGUGACAUCCUGGCCAGCGUCCCACCCUUUGUCACCUUCCACACCCUCAUCUUCGACAUGAGUGGGGUCAGCUUUGUGGACUUGAUGGGCAUCAAAGCCCUGGCCAAGCUGAGCUCCACCUACGGGAGGAUCGGUGUGAAGGUCUUCUUGGUGAACAUUCAUGCCCAGGUGUACAAUGACAUUAACCACGGUGGCGUCUUCGAAGAUGGGUGUCUAGAGCGCAGCCACGUCUUUCCCAGCAUACACGACGCAGUCCUGUUUGCCCAGGCAAAGGCCAGGGAAGUGGCCCCAGCACACAACUUCCAAGGGGCUCCAGUGGACCCCGAGCUCUCUUUGUAUGAUUCGGAGGAGGACAGUCCCAGCUGCUGGGACUUAGAGCAGGAGAUGUUCGGCAGCAUGUUUCACGCAGAGACCCUGACCGCCCUGUGA